AAAUUGGCCAAAGUUUAGCACUCAAGAACGCAUGCGCAGUGGUAACAGCGGCACAAACAGGCAGGCGGACGAGAGAAAAGAAGACAAGACAGUGAGCGUCCACCACCGGCGCUCAGAGGCUGAACUCUGAACGCGGAGAGCGCCACAUGGAGGCGGUGCUGAAAAACUUGGCGAGCACGGCGGAGCUUCUGGCCGUGGCGGCGCAGAGCGGUGUGGUGGAGCAGUGGGAUAAACAAACUCUGUCCAGAGCUUUUCACUGGGCACGGUACUGCGAACACCUCUUUUCCAGGUUUCACAAUAACCCUGCCAUAAGGAGGACUAUGGAGAAGCAGCUGCAGCUCACAAAUCAAAGUUUGCGAGCUGUCUUCCCUGGCUACACAGAAGUCUCUUUCUCGGACAUCUCCCGGUGUCAGCACUUGUUGCUUGUUGGGCUGUUGAAAAAUCCUGAGCUGCCCAUCUCCAUCAUGAAGAUACUCUUUGACACUACCAAGCAGAGUGAGUAUCAGGAUGUUACUGGCUUCUGCAGCCACAUUAUUCAAUGCAAAUCUGCAUGUAAAGUCCUGAGUCCUCUCACAGACUUGUCAGCUGUUGGUGCUGAUGCUGAUGUGCAGGGGGUGAUGCUGAUGGAGAGGUUGGGUGCUCUGCUGAGCCAAGGCACUGAAGCCUGCCAGACAGAGCAUAUUGUAGACUCUGUCCUCCAGGGAUGUGAAGGAGCAGCAGGACAUUUCUGUCUGGUCAUCGCGGCAGCUCUGCUGACAACAAAAAACUCUGCUGCACAAACUGCUUCACAGGAUUUUCUCUUGGACUGGCUGCAGAAAGAACACAAUGUGCUGCAGCACAUGUGUUCUGCAUUGCCUACUACACUUAUUAAAGACCUGGCCAAAGAACACCUGAAAUUUAGAGAUGCAUACUGUGAUGUGCUGAAAAAGUGGGCCUCUGAUAUGGAAUACAGCGUAAGUGAGGGUGAAUGGGCUCAAACUAGCACAAACCGAACUGUGUCCUUCCAGAGACUGACUGAGCACUUUCUGGCCUUGUUUGAGGCCUGUCCCUCUCUGAGGGAGGAUGUAGAAAAAGAGCUAAAUGCUUUGAAAGUUUCUGAUGGGGACUUUGAUGUCAGAGGUCUGAGUGUGUGGGGAGACCUCCUGUCAGCAUUAAACAAGUGACUGUCAGUCUUGUGGUUUCUUUGGAGAUGGAAGAAAUGCUGAAAUGUAGCCGAAUGUAAUGCGAUAUAUAAUCAAAUGUAAUCUGUUUAUAUCUAUAUGCAAUGCUUGACCUGGGAUGGGUAUUAAACCUCAAAACGUUUUCAUACCAAACAAAAUGUGACAAUAGCACAAAUUAUUGGAAGCUGUCAAUGACUAAAAGCUGGCAUCAAAUGCUCGCUCAGAUUCACAUUUACUUCUAAUCAGACAGUUGCAGUUCAGUUUCCAAUUUUGUUUGUAUUUUGAUUAGGCAAAAUUGUUGUGUGGCUGCUUGGAUUAGAUAACAUUAAAUGAAAAACAUCAUUGUUCAUAUUCUAACAGAGGAGGGUUAAAAAAAAGUAGCAUUUGGUAUCAGUACCAAAACUCAGGUAUCAUAAGUAUUAGUAUCGCAAAAAUGUCUUUUCAGUGCAAAAUACACAUAAAAAGCACACAACUCUUAAAUGUUAGCUAUUCACAGAGGUUUCUUUUCUUAUGUUAUUUAAAUUGUUGACUCUUUAUGUUGCAUUUUUUUCAACUUGUGAAAUAUAAUGAGAAUCAAAAGCACAACAUACUGGAUACAUUUACAGGAUGGAAAUAUGAUAAAAAAAAAAUGUAUGUCAAUAUUCUAAAAUGCUCACUUUAGUGGAUCUGGAAGCCUUAAAAUACGUUGCACUACCUUGUCUCUUUCACAGUAUAGCUUAAAUAUUUUUGUAAAAUGUAUCCAUCUACUUUGUAAUAAUGGAAUUAAUAGAU